UACAGAGGAAAUGGGCAAGCCUGGUAUAUCGGAAGAAAAGAUAGCGGAAUUGAUUUCCGGUGAAUCCGAAAUGCUGAGAGAGGCGCAUGUGAUGGGUCUGUCCAGAGUCCUUGCGUCCCAUAUGCAUCGCCCUGAUGAUUCUAGCGUGGACUUCCAAAGAAUAAAGCCUCUUGUCGAGUCGCUAAAGGACUCCGAAGUGUUAAAGGCGAUUAAUGAAGAAAUAUUGAAGAAGGCCAAAGAAGAGAAGAAGAAAGAAGAACGGAAAUAUACUACGUUUUUGCAGAAACCGAAAAGACCGGUGCCGAAAAUGAAAUUUGGGUAUUAUGGAUAUGUUGAACCGGAGGAAGAAGAAAUUAAGGAACCGUACAAGGUGAAAAUUGUAAAACAACCUAAACCCAAAGUCGCUCCAGAUUAUAAACCAGAGGACUUCAACACUGGUCUCCUCCCGUGGGAGGAACGAGCCCUCCGCGAGCCUACACCCCCUCCAGUGGAGGCUGAGGAGCCUAUCCUGAUACCUGAAGAAUUUCCUGAGAUUUUGGAGGCUGUAGAUCCUCUGCCUGAGAGUGAGGUUCCUGAUCUCGAAGAUACCGGUAUACCUCUCCCAGUACCAACACCCAAAGAUCCAACACCGCCACCAGAAGAAGAUUCCCAAGAAGAAGAACUCGAUCUUGAAGCAAUAGUUGAGGAAACAGAGAAGAUUGUAGAAGAGAAGCUGGUAGAAGAAAUGGAUCAGACGAAUCUUGCUGAACAGUUGUUGAUGAGUGUGCAGAAUAUGGUUGAUCCUUCGGCUCCCCUGGACCAGCAACUGGCCCAAAUGCGCGCGCAGCUAGCGGCCCUGGCGCAGUUGCCUUGCGUCAUCCAGCAGUCGCUUGAGUUGGUCACUAAGCAGCUGGGACAACUUAGUCAGUUGGAAAUUCAGCAACAAGAGAAGGCUCAAACUGUAACCGAGGACAUCGCAGAAGUGUCACAAGAACAACAAGUUACCGAAGUUAUGGAAAAUAACGUAGAAAUCAAAGAAGAACAUCAACAAGCAGAAGAAGUUCAAGAAAUGGUUGUGGAGGCGAAGAAGCCGGAACUGACGCCUGAGGAGUUGGAGAGGAUGAAGAGGGAAGAAGAGGAGAUGAUAGAGGAACAGAAAAGAAUUGAGAAAGUGAAGAAGGAGCAAAUGCAGAAAAUGGAGCAAGAACGCCUUGAAUACGAGUCCCGACAGGUUAAGCAACGUCCGACCCCACGCGUGGGAAAGCCGAAACCCGUCUUUGGUCCAAUGUCAGCUGAACCAAGGCCGCUGGUACUUCCUGGUGGGAGAAAAUGGAGAGGACCCAAGGAUGCGUACAACGAGCAGUUUUAUACUGAAACUUUGGCCGCCCAAGCUGAAAUUAUACAGGGAAAAACGAAAGGGUGUCAAUUUGAAAGCGUUCUCCUGCCCUAUGACGACAGGAUCAACUUCAUGAAGUGGGAAAAACCACCAGUGUCUCUGGACCACCUGCAGAACUCUGAGGUCUUCAAGCUGGUCCACAAUAUGGACCAAAGCCCGUUGAGGAGAGUCGACAUGUUGACACCUGUUGUCGCUGAGGCCGAUUAUAGAGAGAAAUGUCGUUCCAUCACUCCAUGCACAGAGCGUAUGGCAAGGGAAGAGCACCUCGACAUCCCACAGCAAGUCCAGCCCUGAGUUAUUGCCCUUUUGAAAGUAGUGUUGCGUUUAUUUAUCGAUAGUUUUUCCGUGCUAUCUAUAUAGUACGUAAUACGAGGAUAACUUAAACGACUUCGUUCAAUAAGCCGUUGAUAUCCCUUAGAUUUUUAAAUUACAAAAUUAUAUACACAUCAUAGGUAAAUAUCUAAAGUUAAAGCUUUCCUAAAAAGGCAUCGAAUCUUUCACCGAAACUAUAGAAGUAUUUAAAGCUUCCUGCUGAGUUUCGGUAUCGACAAAAACAAUAUUGGAAUUAAUUGACAAGAUAAGCAAUCGAUAAAUCAAUAGUUGAUGUAUAAAUAAUCUCGCAACACUAAUUUAAAAUUGUAUUCAUAAUUAUUCAUACUUUUGUAA